AUGACUCGCUUCCUUCCCUUCGCCAUUGUCGUCGCGCUUCACUUAGUUUGCAUGCAAACACUGUGCGCGCAACAAGGCGCCUUGACCGUUCUUUUCCAAGCACGGGUGGUUCACAUUUUCAGCGCUCUCCCAAACACUUCGCCGUUGAACGUUCGUUGCCUCGCCAAAGGCGACGAUCGCGGGACGUACACGCUCAACUACAGUCAAGAACUCUACUGGCAAUUCAAUCCCUACAACACUUCGGGAAACCCUAUCUAUUUCUGCCGCUUCAACUGGGGUUCGAAGCAGAAAACAUUGGUUGUUUACGAUAUAGAGUUAGAUCCUUUGUGUAAGCACAAUGACAUAUAUGAGUGCUAUUGGUUUGUGGCUUCCAAUGGUUUCUAUUUUAGCAAUGACGCCAUGGAUUAUCGUAGAAGAGCUGGUUGGGCUUAA